GCAUCUGGUCAGUGACACAGGCUUGGCCAUUGUAUGUCUUGACCUCAGCCAACUUUUUUUAGCUGAGAAAGGGGAAAAAGAGAGAGUGGAAAAAAAAAAAGAAGAAGAAAAAAAGAAAGCCUUCAGAAGCUUUGCAUCUGGAAAGUCCAGAAUGCGUUGUUGAUUUCCCCAUGAGGGCUGGAGCAGAUUUGGAAGGAACUGUGCAAUGUAGUGGCUUCUUUGUGAAAGAACUGCAGUGAGAAAAGCCACAGGAACAUCCUCUGGGUGCCCAGAGCACUGACCCUGGGGGAGCGGCUUGCUCAGCCUCAUUUCCCGCAGAGGGUGCCAUGGAGAGGAAGCUGGCAAGGGCCUGGCUCUGAGUCUGGGGACUUCAUACAGGACUCAAGACCCUCCUGUGAGUUAGUGGCCCCCCAAGAAGUGCUGCUCUUGUCUGAUGAAGCCUGGGAUGGUCCCCCCUCCGCCGGGAGAGGAAAGCCAGACUGUCAUUCUUCCCCCUGGCUGGCAAAGCUACUUGUCUCCUCAGGGCCGGCGUUACUAUGUCAACACGACCACCAAUGAGACCACCUGGGAACGUCCCAGCAGUACUCCUGGGAUUCCAGCCAGCCCUGGCCCUCACAGGAGCUCUCUGCCUCCGACAGUGAAUGGAUACCACGCGUCAGGGACCCCAGCGCACCCUCCAGAGACUGCCCACAUGAGUGUCCGAAAAUCCACCGUUGACUCCCAGAACCUGGGACCCUCAUCUCCCGGCAAAAAGCAGAGCAAGGAGAGCACCAUCACGAUAAACUGUGUGACAUUCCCUCACCCAGACACCAUGCCAGAGCAGCAGCUGCUGAAACCGACUGAGUGGAGCUACUGUGACUAUUUCUGGGCUGAUAAGAAGGACUCCCAAGGCAAUGGCACUGUGGCUGGGUUUGAACUGCUGCUUCAGAAGCAACUGAAAGGCAAACAAAUGCAGAAGGAAAUGUCAGAAUUCAUUCGAGAAAGGAUAAAGAUUGAAGAAGAAUAUGCAAAGAACUUAGCUAAGCUUUCUCAGAACUCCUUGGCUGCACAGGAAGAAGGCUCGCUGGGAGAAGCGUGGGCCCAGGUGAAGAAGAGCCUGGCAGAUGAGGCAGAAGUUCACCUCAAGUUCUCUGCCAAGCUGCACAGCGAAGUUGAGAAACCCCUCAUGAACUUCCGGGAGAACUUCAAGAAAGACCUGAAAAAGUGUGACCACCACAUCGCUGACCUCCGCAAGCAGCUCGCCAGCCGCUAUGCCUCAGUGGAGAAGGCCCGGAAAGCCCUCACGGAGCGUCAGAGAGACCUGGAGAUGAAGACCCAGCAGCUGGAGAUCAAGCUGAGCAACAAGACAGAAGAGGACAUCAAGAAGGCGCGGAGGAAGUCCACGCAGGCUGGAGAUGACCUCAUGCGCUGUGUGGAUCUCUACAACCAAGCCCAGUCCAAGUGGUUUGAGGAGAUGGUGACCACCACACUGGAGCUGGAGCGGCUGGAGGUGGAGAGAGUGGAGAUGAUCCGACAGCACCUGUGCCAGUACACACAGCUCCGGCAUGAGACAGACAUGUUCAACCAAAGCACAGUCGAGCCUGUGGACCAACUGCUUCGAAAAGUGGACCCCGCCAAAGACAGGGAGCUGUGGGUCAGAGAGCACAAGACGGGCAACAUCCGUCCCGUGGACAUGGAGAUCUAGCUGGGCACAUGCAGCCCCGGGGGUCCUGCCGAGGAGAGGGGCCGGGGGGUGGGUCCCACAGAGAGACAGGGGUGGCUCCCGCUGUGGGGCCUGCCGCCAAGUGGCGCUGUCCUCUCCCUCGAUUUCCUGUUCCACUGAGGAGUGGGGGGAGCAAGGGCUGCCACUGGGAUUCCAGAAGGGCAGCUUGGAUGGCCCCGCUGGGAAGCUCCCAGUGCUCCCACGCCAGAAGACCGAUCCACAGCCCUGCCCUUGUCUCUGAGGUUGAAGCCCCCAACUCCUGUGCUGUGCUUGUUGCUCUGAAAACAAAUAAGGCUGGAGCUUUGUGGUCCCUGCUGAGCAUCGUGGGAGUUGCCUCCUCACCUGGAGCCAGCUGUGUUGCACAUCUGUGCCCCUGGAGGCCCCAGGCCCUUUCUCCAGCUGGCCCUCUUCUCUCCAGAGCUUAGGAGGGCCAAGGGAAGGAGGCAUCUGUCCCCAAAGUAUUAGGAUCAGAAACAGGAUCAGAAUCAUGGAUAGAAGUCACCAUUCAGCCAAACAGCUCAUGCCCACAACCCUUUGCAGCCCUCCAUUUUUCCCUGUUGCAUUCUGGGAGCCCACAUCCUGUCUCUUCUCUGCCACUUUUCACCAUCAGAGGUCUUGGGGAGAAGACUUGUGCCUGUCUUCCCAAACCAACCCCACCCAGAGAGCUCAGGAUGGAACUACCUCAUUCAGCAAAUUAGCCCUGAGUCAGAACGUUGAGUUGUGUUUCCCUGGAUCGAGCAUCUUCUGUUGUCUCCGCUCUAGAAAUCCCAGUCUGCCAGCUCUCUACUGCUUCCUCUCAGCCCCACCCCUUCCCAGGGGAGAUCACAGUGGGGCUGGGCAGGUUCCCUGUGGGAAAUGGGUUGGGCAAGUUGUCAUCAUCCCCCAGGCAGCUCCACUUGCUUGUCCGUGGUGGGGUCGGAGCCCCUGUCCUCGUGUGUCUCCCUCUCACUGACUGGCCUGUACAGGCCUCGCAGACUCUGGCUAUAUUAGUGUCCCACCUCCCUGCCUCGCAGCUCUUUCUGUAUGGUCCAGAGCCCUGUACCAAGUGCCUGCUUGGUGCGGGUACCAUUUUUCCCUUGUUCCGUCCCUACUUCCUGGAAAAACCUGUUCAGAGAAUGACUUGAGAUAUUGUCAAUGCUGCUGCUGGUCUUUUCUCCUCUCUUCUCCCCUUUUAUGCCACAGCAUAUGUGUCUGCCAUGUCAGUUUGGAAAAUCAACAUGAGUGGACCAGUGGGAGAAAAGGCCUUACUCGCAAGGGAGAGAUUCUGUCCUUGACUCACACCUGAGGUUCCAUCUUCCUUACUUAUUGUUCCCUCUGACUACUUUGGAUUAACAGGUCUCCCAGUGGGUGGGCUCUAGGGCAUAAGUGACUUGUCUUCUCUUAGUCUUACAUGCUAGUUGGGAUGACAUUAAUCUUGAAUCCUUUGGCAGUUCUCUCAGAGUCAGAUUUCUCUUUUAUAGUAGAAAGAUGCAGAAUAUCCUAAAGAAAACCAACCAUUGUCACUUUUUUUAAUCCAACAUCCAAAAAGGUUGAAGACCUUUACCAACAUGAGGGUCAUAGGGGAAUUGUCCCUGAGAUAGAGACCCAUCCUCCUGGACUUGGGCACUGGGCCAUGACAUCAGCUACUCAAUUUAGAAUUUUUUUCCUUGGUUUCUUUUUUAAAAACGGGUGCUAGUAGUAAUUGCUUGAUGGCAUCAUCACCUAACUUGUGAAUGAUUUUCAAAUGUUCAGAGCCAUUAGCUUUGUAUGGACAUAGCUAUUUUUAAUAUGACUUGGCGCAUUGACUGUCUUCUCAUUCCCAGUUGAAGAUUCCAGAGUCACCUCCUCUUCUCUUGCUUCUUCAAGGGCAGCCCAAGUUGACUGGAUGUUUGGAAGUCAUUCUUUCCCUCACCCCCUCACUUCAGCCUCAUUAGCCUCUCCACAUACUUCCAUUUUUCCUUCCUGCCUCAAUUCCAUCCCCUAUCAGUUAACUAAGGCCAGGCUAUGUAUUAGGAUCUGGGGACAAGAUCUGGUCCUGCCCAGGUAACCUGUCUCUUACUUUGUGUACUUAUCUUUCCCCACAGAUCUUGCUGGUCAGUAACGCUAAUAUUUAAAGGCAGAAUUUUGAUUUUUAGAGGUCCUGUUAUCCUGAUUGAUCUGAAUUCACUCACUCACUCCUUUCCUUCUUUUUGAACAGAGUGAAUGAUUCUUGAGAGCCAUUCAUUGUUCCAUUUCUAGGAACAGAUGAGCCUCUAUACCUGCCUCUCCUAGAGACAUGGAUGCACUUAGUUUGUCUGUGAAAAUCUGAUUUCAAAAAUCUUUCUCUAAGACAAAUUGUGUUCCAAGUGAGUUGGUUGCCAUGACAACCCUGGAAAAGCCACUUGUUCCUCUCCAUUUUCAACAACUUUUGAUCAGUAUUGCAAAGCACAGAAAAACUGGGCUAUGGAGAUGCCUGUCCUGAGGGUCUCCCUGUGGAAUCAGCUUGGGCCUCCUCUCUACCUCCUGCCCUUGCCUAUUGGCCAGGAAGUGUUUCUGCCUUAGGAGGCAUUUCUCUGCUCAUCAGGGCUGAUUAAUGACUGAAGCAAACAGAGACAGUGUAUACAUUCACGCACCAGGGUUUUGUUUCUAUCCCUUUGUGAAAGUCAAUCAAUUACUAGUUUAGUGGAUGGGUGCAUAAAGUUCUUGGCUGAGCCAAAGUCCCUUCUUGGAAAUACAAGCCAUAAAAUUCAAAGGAUGUCAAAGACCUUGGCUUGUUUAAGUGAUUUUACUUCCAGCUAUGAGUGCCCUUGGCAAGAGGAGUUUAAACAAGAUUCUACAGACCUGCUCAUGAAUGUGUAGGUAGGGAAAGCACUUUACAGAUGUUAAGUGGGGUGCUCAGUGGCAAUGUGCUUACUUAUACUUAGCCAGGCCACCCUCUCAUUCCCAUGAUCCUCUCACCCCCAAAAUCCUUGUCUUUUUCUAGGUUUUUUGAAGUAGUUGACAUACAGUAUUGGGGUUUUUUGACUUACAGUAAAAUUUACCUUCAGUAGGGUUUAGUGAAUUUUGACACCCUUAUACCUUCUAGUCAACACCACCAAAAUUAACAUAUUUUCAUUACUACAUAAAAAAUUCCCUCCAACUCUUGUAGUCAACCCCCUCCUACAUCCCUAGCCUCUGGCAAAGACCAGUCAACUUUAUGACCCUGUAGUUUGUCCUUUUCUAGAAUGUCCCACAAGUGGAAUCUCUCUGAUGCAGCCUGAGUCUGGCUUCUUUCACCCAGUGCUGCUGAGCCACUGCUUUUGUGUAUCGGUGCUUGUUCCCUGGGUCACGGAGUCACCUCCGGUUGUAUGGCUGUCCCACAUAGCUUCCUUGCUUUUAAAUGAGCUGUUUGCCCUGGCAGUUCCUGGCCUGGGGUCUUCUUCAGCUUGUUUGCAUGGCCAUGUCCAGCCUGCUAGCCCCUGCUUAUGGCUCCCAAGGCUUUUCUUCAAAUGCCAGCUAUGCCCACAAGUCGUCGUUGGGGCUCACACUUUCCUUUCAGGUUCAUUUUAGAGGCAGAAACCUGCCAGCAACUGGAGGGAGGAGUGGCCGUCUAGUGGCCUUCUUCUCAGUGAGCAGAUUCACUCUCUGUGGGGCUGCCCACUUUAGCUCGCAUUUGGUGAGCAGUAGGAGGUGUGUGAGGCAAGUGGACAUGACAUAGCUGGGGCCCGGUGACCUGGUCAUGGGCUCCUCACCACCCUUCCCUGGGUCUUUGUUGCUUCGUUUGCAAACAGAAGGUAUUUGUUCUAGAUGAUGAUCUCUCAGGCUUCCUCACCAGCUGUAUUCUACCUCCCGCCCCUUCUCAUUUCCACCUUUGCCCCCUCUGACCACCAUGGCCAUACCUAACUUGGGUCACUGUUCAUGGCCUUGUCCAAAAAACCUCAUGAGAAGGACACCCUGACUCUUCCCCAUUGAGAUGCAAAUGGAGCUCAAAUUAACUUUCAUGAACCAUUGAAAUGAGGUAGUUCCUCCUUGACACCCUCCCCCAUCACCACCAAAGAUAGCUUAAGUCAUUCAUUAUCUUUGAGGUCUCAUCCAGUGACGUUUGAUGGCAUGUCCUGAAGGCUCUUUCUGAGGAGCCAGGAGAGACACGAAGACCAAAUUGCCUAUCAGCCUUCCUGUCAUUGUUGGAACCUUGCUCAGCUGGAGUUCACACCUGACCUGUGCCUACAGCCCACUGGCUGGUGGCAGAGAUAGGAGCCAACCUAGCCAAGGCCUGGCAAGCUGUGGCAUGAGCUCCAAGGUGACCACACCUCUAAGCCACAUCCCCAUCAUGCUCUGCUCAGAGAAAAGUGAGUGCAGAGAGGCAACCAGAAAAUUUCAGACAUUCCUGGACACUCCUGGAUCCCAGCCAAAUGAAGAUCAGGGCAGUGGAGCUCAAGCCCACAGGGUCCACUGUGGGGAGCUGAGCAUCUCUGCUGGGAUGCUCUGGGUUGAAUUUUGCCAGGGAGCACUCUGAACACCUCCUCCCCCUGCACUUCCCCACAGUGUUACUGCUCUUUCCUGAAGGGAGGGGCCCAACCCCUGUUAUAGAUCUAGGUGAGAAUAAGUGACAGGGCUGGAGUACAGCCCAGCCAGGAGGGGGGGUGCUUCCAGGGGAGAGGCUAUAAUGGCUUUGGAUUUUGUGUGCUGUUCAGGAGACACUGACCUUUUUUCUUGGGGAACUUCCUAAUGGGGUUGCAAAGGGCCGGAGUGCAUGGGUACGCUGGGGAGUGUGGCCUGGGACAGAGAGGAAGGCGUGGUACGAGGUAACAGCUCUGAACGGCCUCACCUCGUCUCAUUUGUUGCAUAACCUGAAGUAAAGUCACAUUCUCUCCCGGACCCUCUGUGUGCCCAUCUGUUCCCCAGAGACACUCCCCUUCCAGUGUCUCUCAAGCAGAUCAGUUCUCGGGCUGUGGACCCAGGGACAGGCAUUGACGGGGACAGUGGUCAGGGCGGGUGCAGACCCCAAACGUGCGUCUCUUCCUUCCCCUUAGGAAGGUGAUGGGGGGGUGGGGGGCUGUCCUUUCACUGACACGAGCACAUCAGCAAACCCAAGAAAGUGGAAUUUUCUAACAAAGUAAACUUGCUUGUUUGGUCUGUUUUCUGUAACUUUUGCUAAAUACUUUAUACAUUUUUAAUGUUAAAAAGCUGUGUCUCCUGCCAGCAUUCCUCAUCCCGGUAGGUAUGAAUGUGUUUACUCUACAUUGUAUACCCUUCCAUCCUCGGCUGCCCUAGAUCAGUAAAUAAAAUCGAUGUACUAUAAUUUA